CUUUAUUCAAAAACCCGAGUGGCACCUCUUAAAACACUUACAAUACCACGACUUGAAUUAUGUGCCGCAUUACUUUUGGCUGAACUGAUGAAUAAGGUCAAAUUAGCUAUAAUUUCAACAUCUGUAAAAAUUGAGAACAUUAAUUUUUGGAGUGAUUCUUCAAUAACAUUAUCGUGGAUAAGGGGACCACCCAACACUUGGAAGGUAUUUGUCGCUAAUCGAGUUGCUCGAAUUCAAGAAUUGUCCAAUCCUUCAAAUUGGAAGAAUGUCAAUACUCGCGAUAAUCCGGCAGACCUUCCUUCCAGAGGAACUUCUGCCACGACCUUGAUAAAUUCCAAACUAUGGUGGUCCGGCCCUGAAUGGCUCGCGUCAUUUCGUGAUGAGUGGCCUAAAAAUUUACAUUUUACGAUUCCUACCACGGAAAUGCCUGAAAUUCGCUCGACUACCUUGAUUUCCAUCACUAGCAAAACACACGAUUUUUCCAAAUUUCCGGAAUUAAACAAAUUUUCGACCUUGAAUAAACUCAAACGUGUCUUUGCCUAUAUAAUUAGAUUUGUUGAUAAUGUCAAAGUUGAAAAUUUCAGAAAAACUGGCCCUCUUUCCCCAGAAGAAUUAAAUAACUCAAUUAAAAAAUUAACUCGAUUAGCACAAUCUGAAAUUUUUGCUGUUGAAAUAAACCAGUUAACUUCAUUCGGACAUGUGAAUAAUAAAAGCCCUUUAUUGAAUCUCAAUCCUUUUUUGGAUGAAUGCGGCAUUAUCAGAGUGGGUGGAAGAUUAAAACAUUCUAAUUUCGACCUCAAUAAAAAACAUCCUGCUGUUUUACCUAAAUCGCACAGGCUUACGGUUUUGAUCGCUCGUGACGAGCAUGUAAAACGUCUUCACGCAGGACCUCAAGCUUUAUUGGUAUCCUUAAGAGACUGUUUUUGGCCAAUAUCAGGACGUUGUCUCGUACGCAAGGUGGUACACGAAUGCAUGAAGUGUCACAGAUUUAGAGCAAAUAAUAUAAAAAAUAUAAUGGGUGAUCUACCCAAGGAUAGGCUUACUCCAGCUCGACCCUUUACGGUAACAGGUGUAGAUUAUUGUAGUCCAUUUCCUAUUAGAGAUAGAAAGAUUUGA